GAGGUCGCGGUUACGUUGGGUAUUCGAUUGUUGCGGCAGUUUACUAACGAGCAGUGUAUUUUGUCCGCAACUAACUUGCGGAAAGCGAAUAAGGGAUGUGAAAUGGCGCAGUGUCCUUCCCUCUUUCCGGCGUAUGCGACAACGAAAGCAGCAACAUCGGAGAGUGACGCCAGGCCGGUGUUGUUUCCAAGUUUCAGUUCGUCAUCAACGCAGGACGGAUCGGACAAGUCAGCACCUUCAGAAAGUGCACUCCCAGAUUGGCUCUGCAAUGCUAGCUAUGAUCCUGCUCUUCAGGACCUGCUCAGGAGACCCGAGCAGCAACAGGAUGUGGAGGAAGAAGAGUCAUCGGAAAGUGAGGAAUCGGGCGACGCAUCACCGGUGGGCCACUCACCCGAAUCGGCGGAGGCUGCCGGUGAUACCUUGUCAACUGAAGAGAGACGGGCCAAGCGUGGGCACCACAAGGAGCGAAAAAGAACCAAGCGAAGAAUGGUCGAGGCAGCUGUACAGCCUGUUCCCGAAGGAAGGAGGCGCUUCCGCUUUCUGUUGGGCGUUGCUGGGGAGGAUCGCUUCUGUGUGGACCCCAAGCCCCAUCGCAGCCUGCUGGCCUUUGACUGCCUGCCCUUCACCGAGCUGGCUGUCUUCCCCCGAGGCUGGCGGUGCGACACUGCACCGUUGGAGGCACAGGGUCGUCGAAAGAAGGUUCACCGCUACUGGCACCCCAAGGCCUUCCCGUCCUCGUGCGUGGCCAAUGUUGCCCAGCCACGCCUCCCCUUCACCCACAGCGAGCACAACCUGGUCUACGUCCCCGUGCGUGACUUUCUCCCGAGUCGGACCGGGGAUGACGACGCCGUGGACCCGCUGCGCAUCCAUGAUGCCUCUACCCGUAGCUACCUGCAAGGGCUCGGGGCACGGGGCAGCGAAGAGCAGCAACCGACGACCGAAUUGCUGCCCCUUCUGUGUCCGGAGGCUGCAGACAAGCACCGUUCGCUGACCGAUCGACUGCGUGAAGCACCGGAGGACGAGCGCGCCUGGCUGGACUUGGCGGCCUUCCAGGACGAGUACGUGGCGGCCAUGGAGGAAGCCUCUGGGGUGUGCCGCACGCUUGGCCGAGCAAAGGCAAUUCGUGAGAAGAAGCUGCAGGUUCUGGAGCAGGGCCUUCUCAAGACUAAGGGCUCAGUACCUCUACACUUGCAGAAGAUACAGGUGCUGUUGGAAUGCGGAGAGGAGGCUCGUGCAGUGAAAGCCUGGGAGGAGCUGCUCCGAGUACACCCGGGAAACUCUCGGCUCUGGCUGGAGCACGCCCGCUUUCUUCAGUCCGAGACCACGCUGUCGGGUUUCGAGGUGGCGGCAGCCACCAGAGGCUACAUGCGGGCUCUGGCUUGCUUCCGCGACAUGCUCGAGGGGCGCAGGGCCACACGGAGGGAGCCCCUCGAGGUGGAGGAGAACAUUGUGGGUGCGUAUCGACACAAAUUUCGCAGGAAAGUGGACACUUGAAAUGAUCAUUAGCGGUUAAUCAACAGCAGUCUCUGGAGCGAACGUUUCGACAACGGGAAUCAGGUCCGAGACAUGCCGUCUCAAGAGGCUGACAAUGACAAGUUCAUAGCUGCCAACCUGUGAAAUUUAAAAUUUGCAAAAAUCCUGCAAGCAUAAUACUGAGGGGAGAGGAAUACCACAUAUUUUUUUCUGAGGCUUACCCUGAG